UUCGAGAGUAUAUAAAAGACACUUGUGAAGUUUUUUCUCCUCUUAAUUGUUUACAUUUCAUUGCAAUAUUAAUCAUCAUGAUACGAUUUUUUUUAAUUAGUAUCUUUAUAGCUGUUGUAAUUGGAAAAAAUCUCAAUGGUCGAAUAAUUGGUGGUGAAAAAAUUGAAAUAACAAAAGUACCAUAUCAAGUGAGCUUACAAAAAUACACAAGACAUCAUUGUGGUGGGAGUAUUAUUGAAAAAAAUUUUGUCCUAACAGCAGCGCAUUGUGUUUUUGAAUUAAUACCAAAAAUUUAUAGAAUUCGUGCUGGUUCAUCAAAUUGUAAUGAAGGCGGUAGUAUACAUCAGAUUAUUAAUAUUAUCAGACAUAAUAUUAGUUUCACCGAUAGUGGUUCACCAUAUAAUGACAUUGCCUUAUUAGAAGUGAGACCUUUUUUUAAAUUUGAUGAGACACGUGAGCCAAUUUCUCUUAAUACAAUGAAAAAAGAAAUUCCCAUUGGUAGUAAAGCACUUGUAAGCGGUUGGGGUAGAACACGUACUAUCACCACUCCAAUUUAUCUCGAAGCAGUUAAUGUGCCAAUGUUGAGUAAAAAAGAAUGUAAAAAAGCCUAUCAAAUAUUGGAAACAUUUCCUAAAGGUCAAAUUUGUGCAAUGAACAUUAAAGGUGGUAAAGAUUCAUGUCAGGGCGAUUCCGGUGGUCCAUUGACAUUCAAUGAUCAAUUGAUUGGUAUUGUUUCCUGGGGAAGUGGUUGCGGUGUGAUUGGUAAUCCCGGAGUUUAUACCGAAGUCGCUUAUUUCGCCGAUUGGAUUCAACAAAACAUUAGAUAUUUUAAAAGUAAAGGAAAAAUUUUUGUGCCUUCUUACAAGUCAAACAUGUUGAGAAUAAUUGUGAGUCUUGUUUUAUUGACAUUCAUCGCUGCGAGUCCAACACGAUAUCUGGACGGUAGAAUAGUUGGAGGCAAAGAUAUUCCAAUUGAACUAGCUCCCUAUCAAGUUAGUUUAUUUGUGGACGAUAGAUUUUUAUGUGGUGGUAGUAUAAUUUCAAAAAAUUAUGUCCUAACGGCAAAACAUUGUAUUGCCAAUAGAGAUGUAAAAAAUUAUUUUAUUCACUCUGGAAGUGCUGAAAUUCAUAAUAAUAAUACAAAAAUUCAUCAAACAGUGAGAUUUAUUGAAUAUAAAACAACGAGAAUAAUUGAAAAAAAAAUACCCGAUAUUGCAUUAAUUGAAGUGACGCCACAUUUUGAAUUUAAUAAAAAACAAGCGGCAGUGCCACUUUUUAAUUCGAGAGAAGAAAUUUUACCGGGAAGUAUUGCAUUUGUCACUGGAUGGGGUAGAACAAUUGAAAAUUUGAGAAAAACUCCAAAAUUAUUACAAGGUGUAUUUAUACCAAUGAUAACAAAACAAAAAUGUGAUAUGGCUUAUAAAAGUCUUGGUGGUAUUUCAAAAGGUGAAAUUUGUGCUGCACAUGCAAAUGGUGGUAAAGAUGCAUGUCAAGGUGAUUCAGGUGGUCCAUUAACAAUUAAUGGUCGAUUAGCUGGUAUUGUUUCAUGGGGAAUUGGUUGUGCCAGAAAAAAUUUUCCUGGUGUUUAUGUUGAAGUUGCUCAUUACACUGAAUGGAUAAACGAAAUUAUUCAAAUGUAUAUUAUACACACUAAUUUCGUCAAGGAUAAAACUGAAAAAUAUAAAUCAAGGCAAAUAAUUUACGAUUAUAAUGAAAGAAUUGUCAAUGGUUACAAUAUUGAUAUUAAAGAUGCACCAUAUCAAAUUGGUAUAUUCAAUGGAUAUUCAUUUAUAUGCGGUGGAACAAUAAUUUCUAUAAAAUAUAUAAUCACAGCAGGGCAUUGUUUAGCUGAUAUUGUCAAUAAUAAUAAUCUAAUUAUACAAGCUGGAUCAAGUGAAUUAAAAAUUGGUGGUAGUUUUCAUAUUGCAAUUAAUGUAAUAAUUCAUGAAAUGUACAAUGAAUCAACAAUGGAACAUGAUAUUGCUCUCAUUGAAAUUUAUCCAUUAUUAUCAUUAGACAAAUUUCGUCAGCCAAUUGGACUUUUGAAAAAUAGUGAAAUUUUAAAAAUUGGCGAUAUUGCAUUAAUCACUGGUUGGGGUGAUACCAUUGAGAAUGGUGAAUUAUCAUUAAAUCUUCAAGCUGUACGUGUACCGAUAAUUAGUCAGGGUGGUAAAGAUUCAUGUCAUGGUGAUUCUGGUGGUCCAAUGGUUGUUCAUGGACAACUUACGGCGAGUCCAUUCCUUCGACUCGAUGGAAAAAUUGUUGGCGGUGACGAGAUAGACAUCACAAAUGCACCAUAUCAAGUGAGUUUAUAUAUGAGAGGAAACUUUUUUUGCGGUGGUUCUAUAAUUUCGGAAAAUUAUAUUCUCACCGCUGGACAUUGCUCAAGAUAUAAUACUGAUGCAUAUACAAUUAGAGCUGGUUCAAGUUAUAUUUAUAAAAAUGGUAGCGAACAUAAUGUAAUUGAAGUUAUCAAUCAUGAAAACUUUGGUACAAUUGAUGGAAUUUUGGCUAAUGAUAUUGCACUAAUGAAAGUUGAUCCACCAUUUCAAUUGGACGCAACUCGUCAAACAAUUAAACUUAUGGGCAAAGGAAAAACAUUAGCAGCUGGUCUUAAUGGUUUAGUUUCCGGUUGGGGAAGACUCACUGAAGGUGGAUUAGCACCAAGAAAAUUACAAGGUGUUAUUGUGCCACUUAUUAGUAAAAAAUCAUGCCAACAACAAUAUUCAUUUAUGGGUAGAAUUCCUGAUGGACAAAUUUGUGCCGCAUUACCACAAGGCGGUAAAGAUGCAUGCCAAGGUGAUUCUGGUGGUCCUUAUGUUGUUGGAAAUUCUCUUGCUGGAACAUCAACUGUUCUUAAAACUUCUGAUGUUUUACCACCUUGUUUUAUUGUACCCCAGCCGGUUAUUGUUGCCAAUGAACCCUCAAUAGCCUCUUCACCUUGUUCAAAUAAUUGUAUUGGCUUUCUUGUUGCACCCAAUUCCAAUGGAGAUCCAAUAUCAAGACCAAUUGGAAUCAAUCCCUUCACUCCCAAUGGACGAAUUGUGGGUGGUGAACCAACGACAAUAGAAAAAGUUCCCCAUCAAGUUUCCCUUCAAGCUUAUGGUUUUGGUUUUUGUGGUGGUAGUAUUAUUUCCAAUAAAUGGAUAUUGACAGCUGGUCAUUGUUCAACAAUGCCAAUUGAAUCGGUAACAAUUCGCGCCGGUACAAAUAAAAUGAAUUCUGGUGGUAGUUUACAUUCAAUUGUUAAAGUUAUUAGACAUGAAAAUUUUAAAGUUAAUAAAUAUGGAGUUCCAGAAGAUGAUAUUGCAUUAAUGGAAUUGGCAACAAAUUUAAAAUUUGACACAACAAGACAAGCAAUUUUACUUUUUAAACAAAAUGAAAAUGUUAAUGAAGGUGUUGAAUCAACAAUUACUGGAUGGGGACGAUUAUCUGAAAGUGGAACAAAUCCAAGUGUUUUACAAACUGUAAAUAUUCCAAUUGUUGGGAAAAUGUCAUGUAAUAUUGCUUAUGAAUCAUUUGGUGGUUUACCUAAUGGUCAAAUAUGUGCUGCAUUUCCUGAAGGUGGAAAAGAUUCAUGUCAAGGUGAUUCUGGUGGUCCAUUGACUGUUAAUGGAAGAUUGGCUGGUAUUGUAUCGUGGGGAAAUGGAUGCGCUAAAAAAGGAUAUCCUGGAGUUUACACGGAAGUUGGUAGUUAUCAUGAUUGGAUUGUAAAAAAUGCUGGUCUUUAA